AGUCACACUAGUCGGAUUUUAAGCCGGUGAGAGAAACACGUUGAGAGAAUCCAAGCAGGACAGACCAGAAAUGAACUAUUUAAUGACUCGCCACAUCCGUGCACAUUCUGAAAGAGCCUGCAAUCGAGACCCAUGAAUAAGGAUUGCAUUCUUUUUUUCCAACUUGGAAGAUCUGGCAAUAAUUUUGUGUGUAUCCACACAUUUGUGUUGAUUUGCAAUAAUUCGUUUCGGUGAUUUUGUUUGGUUAAUUUGUCAAUUGCACGUUUUGAGGAAAAGCCUAACUGGAAUUUUGGAGCCAAUAAUAAUCCAAUAAUAGGGCUUUGCAGCAUCAACGUGUUAUUCUGAAGAUGGGACAUUGCGAGGCGAAGAAAAGCUCACCCAUUUCAACCCAUCAUCCAUCCACCAUCGUGCUGUGACUACCACAUUCCCUUCCUAAUUUGUCAAUUGGACAAAAACAUUGGGAGUGAAAAGAGAAGAGGAAAUUCGCCGGAAACCCAUAAAAAAUCAUUUCUGGAAAGUAAACUCUUGCAGAAAAACAGCAACAAACGCCUCUUGGAAUUGAUAUUGCAGCGGAGCGUUGCUCACAUCAGUACGAGCUACUUUUCCAUAAAUGUGUAUUUUGCUUAAAUCCACAUAGUCUACACCGUCGUUUAACUGUCCUCGUGCGUGUGAGUUCACGUAGAUAUUCCUACAGGCUCCCGAAACACGUUGUACCUGCUAACACUGACGGAUUCACCCACUGGGGUUGAAGCACACGCGCUUUGUUCAAAGCCCAGAGCCUUCAAACCUCUGGGAGAAUAUCCCACGUAGCUUUUAUGGGUGUGAAAAGACGGGAUUCGGGAUUUGAGAUGGCAAGUCGUGGCUGUGAAAAUGGAUUGGGAAUUCUCCUUAUAUUCUUAGUGGAUUUACUCGGGAUCACGGCGACCAACAUGGAGCCCAUCUACUGGAAUUCCGUGAACAAAAGGUUUAGUGCUGAUGAGGGUUACAUCCUCUACCCUCAGAUCGGUGAUCGUCUGGAUCUCAUCUGUCCAGGGUCAGAGCCCCCGGGUCCCCGAUCCCCCGCCGAAUACGAGUACUAUAAACUAUACCUGGUGUCGUCACGGGACCAGGCGGACAGGUGUGAAGUGACUGGUGCUCCCAACCUGCUCCUCACCUGCGAUAAACCCAACAGCGACAUGCGUUUCACCAUCAAGUUUCAGGAGUACUCGCCCAACCUGUGGGGCCACGAAUUUAAAACGAAUCAGGACUAUUUCAUCAUCGCUACUUCAGAUGGGACCCGUCAGGGGCUGGAGAGCAUAAGAGGAGGAGUUUGUGCUACACAAGGCAUGAAGGUGGUGCUGAAAGUGGGACAGAAUCCAUAUGGCCUCCCAGCCAAGUCCCCCAAACCUGACCCAGCGGGCCGUAUCAACAACCAGAAUCCAGGUACUGGAAACAGCACACAUCCCCGAAUUCCCUCAAGAGGACCGGGUGGAGAGAACGGCCCCCUCCCUCCCUCCAAUAUCGCUGUUAUCGCGGGUGCCGCCGGAGGUUCUGCCUUCCUCCUUCUUGUCACCGCAGUCAUCUGUGUGGUGUGUUACCGACGACGACACGCCAAACAUUCAGAAUCGCACCACCCUCCUCUCUCCCUCUCAUCCUUAACCUCGCCCAAGCGAGGCUGUGGCGGGGGAGGUGGAAGUGGCAACAACAACGGAUCAGAGCCUAGCGACAUCAUCAUCCCUCUGCGGACUUCUGACUCCGCCUACUGCCCCCACUAUGAGAAAGUCAGCGGGGACUACGGUCAUCCAGUCUACAUCGUACAGGAGAUGCCCCCUCAGAGUCCAGCCAACAUCUACUACAAAGUAUGAGAACCGGAGACGACCUUACCGACAACUACGAUGACCACACCAACCUUAACUACUACCUAAAUCCCGCCCCGCUGCCUCAGUCCUCCACGUGACUGCGGAAGUCCCUGUAGAUCAGAUCCUUUUACCUUCACACACAUUUUCCCAUAUAGUGACUUUUUGGGGCCAGGUGUGUGUUAUCCUCACAAGUCCCCCAACCUUCGGCCUUCUGUUAGAGAGAGGAUGCCCUGAUGCAAGGGCCUCCAUCUCUCUGACAUCCCACCGGGAAAAGUUCUUAAAACUAGAGAAGACCUCGUGGAGCGAUUCAGCCAACUGAAAAAAAAACAUAUAAACUCCUACUUUCAUUGGAGCACAUGGGUCAAAACUGUCUUUUCUGAUGUACUCGCAAAAAUAUGAAAAAACGAAUACUCAACUUGUCCAAACCUCGAAAAACAUUUUGAACUUCGACCUUGAAUGCUACAUUUACUCACAAAUAGCAGUCUAGUUUGUGUCACUACUCCUCUGUAAGGGGGAGGAGCCAUUGAUUUAGCCAAUCGUCGCACAGGGCUCCAGUCACGUGAUGCUUUGGACCCAUGUGUUGAUUGGUGGAGUUGCAGUGGCAUGGGGAAUCUUGUAUAUUUUAAUAACGUGUGUAUUUUGUGAGUGUGUAGGAUAAAUAUUCUGACAUUGCUGGUGAGCUUCAGUAAAACAUGCGAGUGUUUGUGUGGAUGAGUGUGUGUCUGAGUACAGUGUCAGUGUUAGCGUGAAUAUGGGUGCGUGUUUGUUAGACUGUUUCAAAACCAAAACAUAAAAUAUGAGUGAACAUCAAAAACGUUUUUUUUAUUGCUUUCAAACACAUAGAUUAUAAUUAUAUAUGAAUACUCAGUAAAAUAAUUUUUAGAAAAUGUUAUGUAAAGUUACACAGUUCUUUUGCUAGGCCUUAUUUGUUUAUUUUAUGUUGACCUUGUUUCUUUCCCUUUUGAGUUGUAAAUUAAUUUAAUACUUUCAUUGUGUUCCAGAAACCGAGUUUGUUUGGUUCUGUUUUUUCACCUGAUUUUUCUCUUUCCCAGGAGUCUCCUCCGCUCUACACAUAUAUUUUUAUAGCUCCUUGUACUCUGAUGUAGUUUUGAAGCUAGACCUCGUUUGUGAACGUGUUGAGGUAGAACAAUCUGAGAGUUUUUUUAUUCUUAUUUUUUAAGAUGCUUUUUUUGAACAAAAAGGGAAAAACUGAAAGGAGGGAAGAAAUGGAUGGGGUUAAAUAAAAAGGAUAUGUACAGCGCCUGAUAGGAAACGAAGACGGAUGAGCAAGAAACUUCCAGAAAGAGUAAAACUAUGAAAGAAUCACACAUUAAAAGACAAAAAAUAGGGGAGGGAGAGAUGGGAGGUGGAUGAAAGACGCUUGAAGCAGGAGUGAGACAGAGAGAGUGAGAGAUAGGAAAGGUUUUUAAUAAACUCUUGGAAAAGCUCGUCUGAAGCGGUGAAGGAGGCAGAUGUGAGCGCACGGCUGUGUUCUGAGGUAGAGAGAGAGUUGGAUGAGAGGGAAGAAAGGAGCUAAUUCUCUCAGAUGGAGAACAGGAUAGAUGGACACACAGAAUUCCUCUUUUAUAGAUACACAGUGCUCUUUUUUUGUUCACGUGAAGUGGAAAUAUUUCAAGACGCAUUUCAAAUUCUUGAGUAUCUCGGAAAACGUCUCAAUAUUAUGCCGACGCGCAUACGCACUCGGAGAGAGAUUCAAUGGCCGUGGCUCACAAAAAAGCUUUUGUAAAGAGCAUCUUGCGCACAAACGUGCACACCGAAUACCGAUCAAAAGCCAUUCUGAUUGGCCCUAUAUCCUAGUUUCCGUAAAAAUACUGUUAUUAGCUACUCUUUCACACGCUAUCUCUCCUUUCUCUCUCACACACACUUAUAAUACUCUGUUAGUGCCAAUGAAAAUUGUCUGUGGGCCUGAAACAUACUCUAUGCAAGUACAUUAACACUAGGACUCCUCAAGUUCAGUUUUAAGUGUUCUUGUGUUCCAAAAUGCAUAAUGUAAAAAAGUUUUCUCAACCAUCUUUCUUAUAGUUAGCCACAUAAAUAAUAAUAGACACGUGGUCCUGUGUUUAUUGAAUAUGUGUUCGCUAAAUAUGUUUAACACUACCACAUACUUUCAAUACAAGCAUUUUGUACUGGUAUAGACUAUGUUUCUGAACCUCAAGAGCUCGGAUUGUGUCUUGUUGCACUGCCAUUGUCACGGUAUGUGUUUGUGUGCGUGUUUUAUCCUGGAAAACUGCAGAGCAAAGACACAAUUUAUAACAAGCCAUUUACACCCAAAAAUGUUGGUAGUCUUACUUUGCAGAUGUGUUUUUGUGACUAUGUUGAGACUGAACAAUUGAUUAAUGUUUUCAACCUGCCUAAAGAAAGCUUAAAUAUUUGUCUCUUAAAACAUUUAGUUUUGUAUCCCUCUGGUGCAUCACGACUGUGAGAAAUAGUUUUUCUUGUCACAUCAAUGUUUUCUCUUACACAAAAAUUUUGGAUUUUGUUGAUUUGUCUUCAAACCUUCAAAAGUUGCCUAAAAUGUGGAGGUGUUACGUUUGUUCGGCAUUGUUGUAUUUGUGGGCUGUUUCAUACAUAUUUAAGUGUUCAAUUUCUACUCAUUUUCUGUUAAAAAGAAACUACAACACUCUGUGUAAGCCACGUCUCUGACACUGUGCACAUGGACUUGGAUACGUGUGCGUACGCGUGCGUGUUCGCGUAUGUCCGAAACCACACGACCGGGAAGGCACGGACAUCGUUCAUUGACAGACCGUGUUUGCAGACACUGUUGUGUUUGGAUGAAACAGCUAGACACUCUCUGCCCACCACUGACUCUUUUGAGGUUCUGUUUAUCGAACAGUGGGCCUCAAAAAAAGCAUCAACUUCUGUCAUUUGCAUUGAGCAGCUCUUUGUGCACUUGCUUUCGCCACGAACGCUGGGCCCAGUAAUCUGUAUGCAGACAAAAGCGGGGACGAACCACAAAGUGUGUAUUUUUGUAGAGAACGCUUCAGUGUGUGUACGUGUUUCUCUGUGCCAAUAGCCAGCGGGUGGCGGCCAUUUUAAAGACCUCCAUUCCUCUCCAGUGAUGUGUUCAGACGUUUGUAAAGCACCAUGUUUGUGUGUGAUGUUUUCUUUUUUGUGUCCAACCCCCAGCACCACCACAAUCCCUCUCUUGAUUAUCUCCUGCAUACAUGCCUUUUAAAGGGUUAAACAACUAAUACAUUCCUUUGAAGAAAUGUUGAU